AUGUGUGACAGAUUCCAAGACUGCUGUCGUGUCAAUCGGAGGCGGAUUCGAGGUGCACUUGAGAAGCAGUAUGCUUUGGAAAUGUGGAGGCUGCUUGAUCCUGAAGGAAAGCUUAUCCAACCGAAGGAGCUGUCAGCCUGUAUCAUCUCAGUCAAAGCUGGCACAUUCAAAUCACUACAAAAGGUGUUCCACAGGAACGAUUGUGAUCCAAGAAUGGCAGUAAUUAUUGAUGACAGAAUGAAUGUCUGGGAGGAAAGGGAUCAGCCACGUGUCCACCUUGUUCAACCUUUUGCUCCGUAUGCAGCACCGCUGGCUGAGGUCAAUUUGGCUGUUCCUGUCUUGGCUGUUUCUGGAGAGAGCGUCAGAAUACAAGAUGAGAGCCCUGCUAUCAGCCCUCCUGGAUUUGGCCCUCCAGGAUUCACAACUCUCGGUUCCCGUGCACAGACUCGCGAUCCACCACUGGUCAGCUCACCAUCUAAAAAGGCCGUGCCGGCGUCCAUGAAACGGAAUGACUCUGAAUUGGAGGCAAGCACAAGGGAGACUAUUGCAUUGAAUGUCUCCAAUGACAUGAACAGUAUGCAAGGCGCAGCUAAACGGAGAAGAUUGAUUGGUCCGUCAUAG